UUAAAUAGCUUUGGGAGUUUUGUUUACCUGGCGAGCAUAAAUAGAAGACCAAUCGGAGACUUGUAUAAUCAUCUUGUUUCAUCUCCCGAGAGUUACAUAAAUCGACGAUGGACACUGACGUGGCGAUGACACCUGCCGGAGAAGGAUCCACCGGCGCCGGACCCUCAUCUUCAUCAAAGAAACCCAAACGCUUCGAAAUCAAGAAGUGGAACGCCGUCUCCCUCUGGGCCUGGGACAUAGUUGUUGACAAUUGUGCGAUUUGUAGAAAUCAUAUCAUGGAUCUCUGUAUUGAAUGUCAAGCUAAUCAAGCUAGUGCUACGAGCGAGGAAUGUACUGUUGCUUGGGGUGUGUGCAAUCAUGCCUUCCAUUUCCAUUGCAUCAGUCGAUGGCUCAAGACCCGUCAAGUGUGCCCACUUGAUAACAGCGAGUGGGAAUUCCAGAAGUAUGGGCACUAGAGGGAGGUCACAGCCACUAGCAGUGGAACAGGGCCUUUCAAUAUCUGUCAGUUGAGAAGCCUGUGACAUCUCAUUGGUCCCGGUGCUCCUGUCUAGUGCGGCUGAACCUUUCAAACUUUGUCGUCUAAUGGAUUUCUAUUGUGAAGCAUUAGUCUGCAUGUGGAGUUUAACGAACCAAGUUUAUGAGAUUUAGUGUCAUGUUGAUUGUUUGAACAUAUAAAUUCAUGAGCUGAACUUGUUAUACUUCAAUGACAGUAGGCAACUUGCUUUGGUUAUGAAAUACUUGGUCUUAUCAUAUAAUUUGCUCGUACUUUACAAUUUUAUAA